CUCUCUAGCAGACCGACCUCUGAGCGGUGAACACUGAUCAGAUAAUGAUCAUAUUCAAGAAGCUAUUUUACAACCAAGUCUCUUGUCUGUGUGAGCUUGUUGCUGCCAAAACACUUUUGACCAGUUAUCAAAUCCAAGGCUUGAAUUACUUUUAACAAUCGUGUCCUGACACACCAGAGAAACCAGGAAACAUCUGUUCCUCCCUGAAGAGACGCAGGCUGAAAACCAGACGAUCACAUUCACCUUCCAAACCAAACCAGACCAGACAUCCUGAGUGAGUCCAGCUAGGAGAGAAGAGUGAAGCUACAACCUGCCGACGCUCCACACACUGACCCUUCACCUGGAGACUUAAUGGCUUCCAGAUCAGAAGUGGAUUUCUGUUGUUCCAUCUGCCAAGAUGUCUUCAGAGAUCCUGUUGUUCUGUCAUGUAGCCACAGCUUCUGUAGAGACUGUUUGAAGAGCUGGUGGAAAGACAAAGCAGUAAAAGAGUGUCCACUUUGUAAGAGAAGAUCUUCAAGGUCAGAACCACCUGGUAACCUGGUGUUAAAGAACCUGUGUGAGAGGUUCUUACAGGAGAGAAUUCAGAGCUCUUCACAUGCUCUCUGCAGUCUGCACUCAGAGAAACUCAGAGUCUUCUGUCUGGACCAUCAGCAGCCAGUGUGUCUCGUCUGCAGAGAUUCAAAAAAACAUGCUGACCACAGAUUCAGCCCCAUCGAUGAAGCUGCACAGCAACACAAGAAGCAGCUUCAGGAAACUCUGGAGCCCUUGAAGAAGAAGUUACAGUGUUUUACACGUGUUAAAGUAAAUUGUGAACAAACAGCAAAACACAUUAAGGUCCAGGCUGGACUCACAGAGAGGCAGAUCAAGGAGCAGUUUAAAAAUCUUCAUCAGUUUCUGGAGGAGGAAGAGGUGGCCAGGAUGGCUGCACUGAGGCAGGAAGAGGAGCAGAAGAGUCGGAUGAUGAAGAAGAAGAUUGAGGCUCUGAGCAGAGACAUAACAGCUCUUUCAGACACAAUCAGAGCCACAGAGGACGAGAUGAGAGCUGAAGACGUCUUGUUCCUGCUCAACUACAAGGCUGCAGUGGAACAAGUUCAGCAGCACCCCCUGCUGGAUGAUCCACGGCUGGCCUCAGGAGCUCUGAUAGACGUUGCCAAACAUCUGUGCAACCUGAGCUUCAACAUCUGGAACAAGAUGAAGGACCUGGUCUCCUACAGUCCCGUGGUUCUGAACCCAAACUCUGCUAAUCCAGUACUCGUCCUGUCUGAAGAUCUGACCAGUUUGAGAGUAGGAAAAAAACAGAAGCUUCCUGACAAUCUAGAGAGGUUUGAUCAUUUCUUCUCAGUCCUGGGAUCUCAGGGUUUUAACUCAGGGACUCACAGCUGGGACGUCCUGGUUGGAGACAGUACACGCUGGUCAAUGGGUGUGUCAGCAGGGUUUGUCCAGAGGAAGGGGACCAUGCUGUGUGGAACAUGGGGAAUAUGGUUCCAUGAAGGUAAAUACACAGCAGUGUCACCAUCAGCAUUUUCUGAUCUCACUGUGCAGAAGAUCCAGAGGAUCAGAGUGAAACUGGACUGGAACAGAGGAAAACUAUCGUUCUCUGAUCCUGAUACUAACAAACACAUUCACACCUUCACACUCACUUUCACUCAUAAGAUGUUUCCAUACUUUGGCACUAGAGAUCAACAUCACCCAGUGAAGCUGUUACCUGUGAAUGUCUCUGUGACGCUGGAUCAGAGCAGUUAGAGAUAAAGAUUUUAUUCAUCAUGUUUAUUUCUUCUAGAGAAAUCUGCUGAAUUUAAAUGUUAAACUCGUUAUUCUAAAGCUUUGUUUAUUUCUCUUCUUCUCACUCAUGUUUAUUUCUCCUGUCGACUUACCACGUGUGUAAAAAGAUUUCAUUAUUAUCUGAUAUUUAUCUUUGGUUUGUUUUUUACUUUCAUGGGAAAUGUUUAUAUCAUUUAGAUUUUGUGUGGAUCCAUGAAGUCGAGCAAACUGAUGAAGAUCCACAUAAAAACACAUUUAUUAAUAACAGCUGAUCAUUGUUCACAUUCAACAAACUUAAAUAAAACUCACACAUGACACAGGAUUCAUGUUUAAUCACCUAAAGUCUGUUCACAUAUGAAAUAAUCCAACAUAUAUGAACAUUUUUCUGUUUGAUGUGAUGAAGGCAAAAUGAUUCUGUCAUUAAAAGUGUUUCCAUUCAAUGUACAAAUGUAAGGUGGCUGAUGAGAUAUUCUGUUUGAAAAGGGAAGACCAAUUGGGGUGGGGGGUGGGAUAAUGUUUUGUAUGUUUUCUACUUGUUGGUUUGUUUGUUUGUAUGUUUGUUUAUUUGGCAAAAAAAAAGAAGAAGCAUGCAUCUAUUU